AUGUCUGCACCGGAUCCCAAGGAAGCCUGGGCGCGCAUCCAGAAUGAGCUCACUCGACGCGGUUCUCGAUUCGGCGGCGCGGGCGGCGGCGGACCACCGAAGGGCCUCUUUGGAGGUCUUGGAGGUCUGGUACUAGUUGGUGGUGGAAUCUGGAUGGCGAACAAUGCUCUGUUCAACGUCGACGGUGGUCACCGAGCAAUCAAGUACACCCGAGUAGGCGGCGUCCAGAAGGAAAUCUACAGCGAAGGAACCCACUUCCGCAUUCCCUGGUUCGAGACCCCCAUCACCUACGAUGUGCGCGCCAAACCCCGAAACGUCGCCUCCCUCACCGGCACCAAGGACUUGCAGAUGGUCAACAUAACCUGCCGUGUACUGUCAAGACCGCGGGUUGAAUCUCUGCCGCAGAUCUACAGGACACUGGGCACCGACUACGAUGAGCGUGUUCUGCCAUCCAUCGUCAACGAGGUUCUCAAGAGCGUCGUGGCGCAGUUCAAUGCCAGUCAGCUCAUCACACAGCGUGAGAACGUCAGUAGGCUGGUACGCGACAACUUGGUCCGAAGAGCAGCGAGGUUCAACAUCAUGCUCGACGAUGUCUCUCUAACACACCUCGCCUUCUCCCCCGAGUUCACCGCCGCAGUCGAAGCCAAGCAAGUCGCACAGCAAGAGGCCCAGCGUGCCGCCUUCGUCGUCGACAAAGCCCGCCAGGAGAAGCAAGCCACAGUCGUCCGCGCCCAGGGUGAGGCCCGAUCUGCCGAGCUUAUUGGUGACGCCAUCAAGAAGAGCAGGAGUUACGUUGAUCUAAGGGAGUUCGAGAACGCAAGGAAUAUCGCACAGAUUCUGCAACAGAGCGCAAACAAGGUCUACCUCGACAGCAGGGGUCUUGGUUUGGACAUCAGCCAAACCACAGCGGAUAAGGAGCAGAGGGCGAACAGGAAGUAA